UGAAAUAAGUGUUUUGCUACGUCACUCUUAUUAUUGUUACGGUGUAAUGUAAAUGCUGCCACAUUUUGCAGUAUAAGAAAUAACAUUUUACCGCUUGUUAACCGUCGAGGAGGGAACUGCUGCUCUACUUUCUGUCUUUGUAAACACGGUCAGCUCUGUGAACACGGUUUUGCCCCGAGAGCCGGAGCAUGGCGGUACACGGGACUCGGCCCCGGUGGAGGAGUACUACAGAAAAGGGUUGUACUCCAGCAGCAGGACGGCGGGGGGAGGAGGAGGACGUGUGUGUGUGUGUGUGUGUGUGUGUGGGUGAGGAGUUGAAAGCGCCGUCCAACACGUGAGGCUCAUGUGACUGUGUCGAGUCUGAGUCUCCAGCCGAGAGACGUGCCUGCAGUCACAGGGUUUAUUUAACACGUAGUCAAAACCCACCCAGCUCUCACACAUUGAGCCAGGCGUGGAGCCUCCCCAGACAUACUACCGAGUCCGGACCUCAGGGUGACAACACUGCGCAGCACCCAACUCCAGCUCACAGCGGGAACACACGCACACUGGAUAACAGGAGAUACUUUUUCCCUAUGAUUUUUUUUUCUCUCACUUUCAACUGCAGAGACAUAUUUUGGACGUCUUGAAGGCUUUUUGAACUAAUUUCUUCGGGUUUCACAGUUAAGCAUUAUGGAGAGGAUUACCAGCGCGCAACCACCUCCCUGUGUACCAAAACACCCAUCACUGGAUAUAGCUGACAUGCAAGGAAUCGAGUUUCCCAUUUAUGUGUACAAACAAAGGAGGGGCAUGAAGCGUGGGGAUGAAAGCAAGGAGACUUACAAGUUGCCACACCGACUGAUCGAAAAGAAAAGACGUGACAGAAUCAACGAAUGCAUCGCCCAGCUGAAGGAUUUGUUGCCAGAACAUCUUAAGCUUACAACGCUGGGUCAUUUGGAGAAAGCCGUGGUGCUGGAACUCACUCUCAAGCAUGUGAAAGCCCUCAGCGGCCUCCUGGAGCAGCAACAGCAGAAAAUCAUUGCGCUCCAGAACGACCUGCAGAUUAGUGAUCAUGGAGGUGACAGCGCGGAGAACAGCGAGGAGAUGUUCCGCUCCGGUUUUCACUUGUGUGCAAAAGAGGUCCUCCAUUAUAUGGCGAGCCAAGAAAGCAGCAGGGACCUUACUCCUUCUCAUGUCAUCAGCCACAUCCAAAAGGUAGCAGCUGAAGUCCUGGAUCAUCAAAGCAGCCUUCGCCCAGACGAGUCUAUUCCUCAAGCUCCAGAGAACCUGAAGAAGCCGGCCAGAGAGCCCCAGAGGGCGUCUGAUGGCCCAGCGAAGAACUGCGUCCCCGUCAUUCAAAGGACUUAUCAUCAUGCAACGGGGGAGCAGAGCGGCAGUGACACGGACACUGACAGCGGCUAUGGUGGGGAACAUGACAAGCGUGACCCCAAAGCGCAGUGGUCAGAGAACCAUGCAAAGGAAGGAGACCGCAAGCAUGUCGCAUCUGACAGGACGACCGGGGCCGUCAAGCAGGAGGGCGACGAGCCUCGGGCCAAGAAGUCCAGGUCUGACUCCUUGGAGGACGAGACAGUCCCCGGUCACAGCCCUGGCAGCUACAUGAGCUUCUCCCCCAACCAGCCCCCGUUUUGUCUCCCGUUCUACCUCAUCCCCCCUGCGGCGGCAGCAGCGGCAGCCUAUAUGCCCAUGCUGGAGAAGUGCUGGUACCCCGGGGGCAUGCCAGUUAUGUACCCUGGCAUGAGCGGCUCUGCAGCAAGCUUAUCCUCAGAGACCUCAUCUAUGGUGAUGUCCCCAAGACCAGGGUCUCCAGUAUCCUACCAGAGCCCCAUGGACUCCCCUGCUCUUCACAAAGCUUUAAAGCAGGUCACCCCUUUGAACUUGGAAACCAAAGACUGAACGGUUGUCUGUUGGACUUUCGCCCUCUGAAUGUUGAUGGGGUUGAAGGGUUGGCCCACUGAAAAGAGGGUAAACAGACGUACUGGUGUCCCUUCAAACCACAGCCGUCAGACCUCGAAUGGUCGCCAUCUUCUAUCAUGAGCUCCUCCCACACUGUAACAGGACUUUUUAGGGGCAACCUGGAGUUCCCAAGUGAAGGCUCAUAGCUCACCUGUUGCUUGGCUCUGAAACACUGUGAAGAUGAUCAGUUUAAAGCGUGUGCAAGAGAUCCUGAGAGUUUUAUUUUAGCAAGGUUCUCCGCGCUCAGUAUUGAAUGUCAGAGGUAAACAGAAUGUAAGGCCCCCGUAAAAUGAUUUGGACCUACUUUCUUUGCACACACACCACU